CUCUCUCUCUCUCUCUCUCUCUCUCUCUCUCUCUCUCUCUCUCUCCCCCUCCCUCCCUCCCUCCACUGUCAGCCUCAGCAGUCUCCACACCAGAGCUAGACACUGGUUCAGCGCUGAUCCAUACAUGCGUGUGUGUGUGUGUGUGUCUUGGGUGCUGGCUUCUUGAAAACGCUCAACAUUCGAGUGUGUGUGCAAGUGUGUUGAGUUGAUCUGCAUGAGAAUGUGCGUAUGAGCAUCUCUGGAGCAUCUUUUGUAUGGAGGAGCAUGUGUGUAGAGUGAGAGACAGUGUAAGGAUGCGUGGUGGGCAGGUGUUGUUGUGAUCGGUGGAGUUUUCGGUGUACUAUCGUCGUGCUGUCUGCCUCCCCCUCCCUCCCAUUUGGUUAUCUUGUGAGGGCAAAAAGCAUCCAGCUGGGAUGUCCACCUCACCCGGUGCAACAGACGGGAGCCAAAGGAACUCUUUGGAGCUGGAUGCGGAGCACCCACAGAGAGUCCCGGGGGCGGAACAGGGAGGGGUCCCGCCCCCCCAGGUCAAGCUGAAAGACAGGCAGAAGUUCUUUGAGGAGGCCUUCCAGCAAGACAUGGAGCAGUACCUGUCUACUGGCUACCUGCAGAUCGCUGAGAGGAGAGGGCCAAUAGGAAGCAUGUCAUCCAUGGAGGUGAACGUGGACAUGCUGGAGCAGAUGGAUCUGAUGGAUAUGUCUGACCACGAGGCCCUGGAUGUGUUUCUGCACUCUGGGGGAGAGGACAACAGCGCUGCAUCACCUGUCACAGGUCCUGAUGUUGAGUCCUUCACCACAGAGAUCAGUCUCCAGGUUCCCACCCAGGCUGAGCUACGCCACAAGCUUUCCUCCCUUUCAUCCACCUGCACUGACUCAGCCAGCCAGGACACGGAGGCCGGGGAGGAUGAUGAGGAUGAUGAUGAGGAGGAGACUGAGCAAGGAGGAGGAGGAGGAGGUGGUGGUGUUGGAGGAGGAUCGGGGGGAGGAGGAAGGCGGAGACGGCCGCCGGUGGUGGUGACCCUGGAUGAAGACGAGGUGCACCCGGAUACAGCGCUGGUGGACAGGGUGGAGCAAGAGGACCAUACCAGCAAAGACUGUGAGGAGAGCAGGCAGAAGGUUUGAGGAGAGCUGGACUGGAUUUAAACACAAACACACAAACAUACAGAGCUGCCAAAUCAAACUCGGAUACCUAACAAUAUUGGCUUCCUUCUCAAAUUCCUUUCAUACUGAAGAAAAGUAUAUGAAAGAAAAUACACUGAGGUUGCACUAACUGCCACAUGACCUUGCCUUAAAACACCUCUGAGUUUUCAAUUCUAAUUGAAUCCUGUCAAAUAGGUUUGAGUUCCCUUUAGCAUAAUAGCAUUGAAUGACUUAACAUGCACAUUAAUAGUUUGGCAUUAUUCAGAGAAUGCUCUAAUAUUCUGUUUCUGUGUUUGUGCAUGUUGAGACCAGGAGAUGCCUGUUACUGAUCAGUGACGGGGACAUAAACAAGCAUACACUAAAAUCAUCCAUUUGUCCCUUUCAGGUAGCAGCUUGUCAGGCUAUGUGCUAACACUUUAGCAUUCACUGUGCUGUUCUUAUAUGACCUGAACUUUGGUGAAACCUCUGCAGAACAUAAAGAUAUGAUGGUGGUUUGAACUACCACAUCCCUGCCAAAAUGAAGAGGCUAUCACCAGCUCUGCCAGGUUAAUAACAUUUUAUUUUUAAAGUAGAAUAAGAUUAUAAUCACUAAAAGUGUGUGUAAUUUGGACUUUCUUAAUGUUGUAUGCCUUUGAUCAUUCAAAGGAUCCAUUCACCCAAAUUUCGAAAAAUCACAAUUUCUCACUUAUCUCUAGACGAGCAGAUAGUUUCCCGGGUUUUGACAUGUGCGGUUUGUGUUGCGUCCUUUUUUCGACAAACAAUAUUCUGUUUCUUGUCCUUAGGCCAAAUAAACUUUUUUUUUUUUGAUAUUGCAAAACCUGUGCUAGUAAAAUCUACCAUGACUAUUCAUAAAUUGGGUGAACAGACCCUUUAAUACAGUUAAUGCUGAACAGUUAGGACUAAUGACCUGCAGGGGCCACAUGGAUGAAUUUUUCAGGACUUUAUGGAUAAGCUGAAUCCCCAAAGCUUCUUGCAUUCCUUUGGCUGCACAAGAUUCUGCAAUAUUUUAAAUGUAUACUACCAAUUAGAUAAUACUUUUGCGCCCUUGGCUUUGAUAAACAUGGCAUGCCGUCACCUGGCAGUGGGUUCAGGUAGCAGGAUAUCAAUGAUUUAACACAAACAAUCACAUGCAGGAGAGUUGCCCUCUGGAAUUCAUUUUACCAGUAAUAUUUGGGCGAACUUCUCCUUAGGACCAAAUCGAUAUUUGGACUGUGCGCUAUGCACUGGAUGACACCCAGAAGGUUUAACUGUAUCCAGAUCUUUUUUUUCUUUUUUUGUACAGAAAUGUUGACGUUUGUGCAAUGUGACAGCAUUACUCAUUCCUUUCUUUUCCCCUGCCUACAGUUUCUGACUUGUUGGUAAUAAAUGUUUCUCCCCCAGCAUUGUUUAAUUUUCAUCUAAGCAUUUCAGGAACAAGUUAAAGAGUGAAAUGUGAGCAGGAUUUAGGGUUUGAGCAUGUUAACAGUCCCUGUGCGCUCACUCUUGAUUUACAGUCCUGCCUGAGCUCUUUACAAAUGGAAAGCUGACACGGCGAGGGAACGGAUGGAUGGAUGGAGGGAUUCAGCAGGAGCGAAGAAAGGGUCUGAAAUACAGCAGUUUUUCUCUUGGAGAAUAUUUUACUUUGUAUAUAUUCAUUAUUACAGUUAAAUGUUUUUUCAACUAAAAAUUAAGGAAAAGCAGUACUAGUGUUAUGCUGAGAGUAAAUGGCAUUUGAAGGCUGAGAGUGGAUGUGUCAAAGUGUUCACUGUGAAUAGUAAACAGCUGGUGUCGAUGCGUGACUCUCAAUCGAGUACACUUUAAUUAAGGUUAUGAAGAACUACAGGGCCCUCCAAUAGUUUGCAUGUACAAUGUGUGGCGAGUGAAUAGACUGAUAAGCCCUGUGUUAAAUGAACAGAAAAGCACUUCUAAUAUCCUGCUGCAGCUGCUGCUGCUUCCUGUGGACCUUGAUAAU